UGCUGACUGUCCUGAUGGCAGCGAUGAGCUCGGAUGUCCUACAGCAACAACUGGUACUAACACGGUAAUGCUGACCCCAGUACCCACCCUGGUCCCUCCUCCAUCACCUGGUCAUUGUACUCGUGGUCAAAUCCAGUGUCGCCGACCCCCCCGCUGCAUUCCUGAGUGGCUGCGCUGUGACGGCCAACUCAACUGUGAGGAUGGCUCUGAUGAAGCUCACUGCCCCACCCAUGAGUCUCUGUUGUGUGUUAAUGGGACUCGUUGUUCUGACGGUGAAGCCUGUGUGCUGGACAUUGAGAGGUGCGAUGGUUUCCUGGACUGCUCAGACCACAGCGAUGAGGACAACUGCACCUCUGAUACACUUGCCUAUAAAGUCCAGAAUCUCCAGUGGUCACCAGACUUCUUGGGUGCCAUCACACUGACCUGGUCUCGUCCCAAAAACCUCCCCCUGAACUCGUGCUACUUUCUCAUCUACUACAGGAUGGUGGGCACUCAGCAGUGGACUGUCAUGGAGACCCACAGCAACAAAACCAGCUACAAACUGUCUGUGCUGAAACCAGACACCACCUACCACCUGAAGGUGCUCACUCAGUGCCUCAGAAAGCUGCACAAGACCAAUGAGAUGAUCACAAAAUAA